CUAGUCUGCCGGAAAAUCACACAAAGACGUGACCAAGAACAAUUUCCAAGUUAGCGUUUUUAUUGUUGUUAUUUAAACCUUUAUUAACACUAUUGAACUCAAAAUAUGACUAAUUGAACUGCAUAGCAUCACAUAUUUACCCCACGUAGUGUUUAAUUCGCGUUGGAGACAGGACUUGGUUGAUACAUGGUAUCUUGGUAACGCUAGCUGCUAACGUUAGCUAACAAUGGCUAACUGUAUGGUUUUUCACACUCAAAUAGCCUCCAUCAUGGAGGUGCUAGCGAAUGCAGCUGUGGCAGAGAUUUGUAAACUCGUAGACGACGACUAUGCAGUGUUUCGUUUGGAAAUAACUCAAAGCCAGAAAGAAAACAGGGCAUUGCGGAGGAAACUACUGGAACUGAAGGUGGCACGGGAGCGCGCAGAGAGGACAAUGCGAGAGCGCGUCCUCGCCAGUCGUCCCAGUAGUGUCAGAUACAGAGCACUGGCAAGAGGUGAAGGCCACAGGAGUUUUGUGAAGCCAGCGGGACACAAUACAUGGAGAGAUGACCAACCAAUCACUGUUGAUGAGGGGAGUGGAACCUCAACCCAGCAUGUUAUUGUGAUAGAGUCUGCAGAGGCUUCAGUUCCAGGGAUCAAGCAGGAGAGGUCUGAAGGAGAGGAGGAGCCACGGCACAGCAGAAACAUCCAGACUGGAGCGCCCCCUAUAGCCACAGAGAACCCCACCACCACUCCAGCGCAGCCCAGGACCCGAUGCAGCAUCACGGAGGAGGGGGAGGGUCCAGAGGUGCUGCUGGUGAAGGAGGAGGGGUGUGAGGAGGGUCUGGGGAACCCUGAGGGGACCAUGAUCAUGGAGGUCAACCCGACUACACCUCCUCCUGAACGCACAGAGGAACCAGCUGAGCAGCACAGGACCACACACAGUCUCACUGAGCCAGUAGACAUGGAGGAUGGGAAGCCUGAUCUGCUGCUGGUCAAAGAGGAGACAAUAGAAGACGAACCAGAGAGCAUUGACCUGCUGAGUGGACUAAAGAUGGGGGAGCAAGGUAGUUGGCUGGAGACUGAUAGUGGAGACUGGGCAGCCAUCUUGGAUUACCAGACGGGUGCAGCCAAGGGCCCAGGGGACGACAUCACAGAGCAGGCCAGGACCAAAGGCGACAUAGUUGAGUCUGCAGUCCAUGAGGACCUGCUGAUAUCUGGUGUUGCUGGCUGGAAAUACUGGACAUCUGAGGUGGCUGGUCACAAACCCUGGCCCCGAAUCAGAACCCUGGAUCAGGAGCCAUCGCUCUUCCUUCCCGGGUCGGAGCCAGGACCCAACCUAGAGGGGCAGAGACUCCACCACCACACAGAACACAACCAGUGGACAGAGGGACAGAACAACCUCAGUCCUGGUGGUCAUCAGAGAGACAGAGGCUCCAGUCAGGGAUCCAGUCUGCAGCCCAGACCCUUCUCUUCACAGUCUCAGUGCAGGGAUGAAGCAGGACCUGGGGCUGAUAGAGAUAGACCCUCCUGUUCCUAUGAUACAAACACCACAGUAUCCAUGAUGAACAGAGCAGGUCACCCUGGGCUUCAGCCUUCACAGAGAGUGAUGGGAGACCCCCCUGGUGGUAGUCUAACAGGAAGUUUGUCUUCUCCCUCAGGUUCUCGUCUAAUGCCUUGUGACUGGGUUCAUAGAAGGCCUGGGACUGGACCUGGGUCUAGCCUUCCUCAGUUACCUCAGGGUUACCCCACCAAUACAGACAAGGUCAGGAUGGGUGUUCACCACAAGAGGUACCUAGCCUAUAACACAGCACACAAUCCCAACAACACCCAAAUAAUGGCUAAAGGUCAAGGAGGGAGCGCAAAGACUAACCACCUGAGGGCGGUGGCUCCUGCUUCUACCUCCUCUGGUGUCAUUGAGUCACAACGUAAGAGGCCAAGCAAUAGGUCAGACGCCGACAAGCUGUUCUCCUGCUCCACGUGUGGGAAGCGCUUCGCUGAGGCGAGCUAUGUGAAGGAGCACCAGACCGUUCACACCAAGGAGAGGCCCUUCAAGUGCAAACUAUGUUACAAGAGCUUCUCCUUCCGGAGUAGCCUUAUCAGACAUAGGAGUGUCCACAAUGGGGAGAAAUCAUAGCAGUGUGUCUUCAGAUGUACGCAUUGGAUGUCUGGAAACCAUUCUUUAGCUGACAUAUUAUCGUUAUCAUGUGAAGUGUCCUGGAGUAAGAGCAGUGGUGUUCUGGAGGGUGUACACAAGUGGCCGUAUACCCACUUAUUUUUCAGUGGGCAAUGAGUAUAGUCGCUUCUUAAUCCCCACGAUGUGUCAAUAAAGCUGAUGGAGCAGAUCUAGAAUGUUUAUCUUACAAUGUUGAUCAUUUAUUAUUUAUUCACAUCUUUGCAAUGUGCACACGGUGGUAGGCCUACGGGCAAAUGAUCCAAAAUGCAAUUUGUGGGAGAAAAGAACUUGGCUACUUCAAAAUGGAGAUUGACUCAGUGGCGCUGCCACAAACGCCAUAAUGGCACGGAUACAAUGAUGAGGCCUCUUUCCAUCUCUUAAGUUUUGGCCUGACUGUGAAAGGCCAAUAUGGAUUCUAUCAUUUUAGGUCAUUCAGAGUGUAUGUCACUGUUUCAUAUUAAAACAAUUACACACGGCGCCUUUGCAUUCGGGAUUUUUUUUUUUC